UGAUCUUCAUAUAGAGAACAAUUCCAUCGCAUAAAUUGUGACGCGUCAUUGCAAAUUAUUUGCAGCAAAAAAAGUAUUGAGAUAGAAAUAAUAAAUUGACGAUCUUCCAUUUAUGUCAGAUUUAAGAACAAUUCUGUAAUAUGGAAGCUAAUAUCUACUGUAAAUAUCGACAAUCUCUUCGAAAUAGAAUGCUCUAGCCAACAUAAGAACAUGAUUUUUGCAAAAAAGAAAAAUAUUGAAAACCAGUAUUUUCUGAAGGAAAUCCAGGAUUUCCUGAGAGAAAAUAAAUCUAUGUGAGCGAAGCGUUUUCACUAUAUCAAAUGUAUUUAGGAAUGUAUGAAGUUCUGCUGUGACUCGAUUGUUAGUCAUCAGAUUAUUAUCAAAAGAUCACUGUAAUAGCAGAACAUGUUAACAAUAAAUUUAGAUGAUAAGAAUAUAUGGAAUAGUAGGAUUUAUCGACUAGUAAUCUUCAAACAAAAACGAAUGAGAGUAAGAGUGUAGUUUAUAUCUCCGAUGCUAAUUUCAAAGGAAAACAACUCAUUUUAAAUCAUUUAGCUCUCAUAAAUCAUAUACAAAUCGAUAAGAAUAAGUGAUUAGUUUUCUAUAUUGUUUACACAAUACUUAUUGCUAUUCAAUUGAGUGCGGCAUAUUCUCACAGGCAUAAUAUUUCAUAAAAGUUCCAAUAUCCUAAGGUAUUGUUUUCUUUAACCAAAUUUUUUGUAGUUAGAUCACAACAAAUAUCGUUUUCGUUCAUUCUCGUUCAAACUGACUCUUAUUUCGAAUCUAGCUAUUCAAUGGUAAAAUCUUGUUUUCUGGUAUAUACCGUUUUUGCAUUAAAUUCAAUCGGGGAAUAAAGAUUAUAGAUUUAAACACAAAGAACUUCAUCUAAUAGACAUUGUAAUAAUUGUUAAUUUUUCAAAAUAAAUCUUGCACAGUAAAACAUUUUAUUUCUUUUGAAAAGCACUGACUUUGAUAUUUGAUUAAGUAAUUAACAUCCGACUUAAAAAAAAUUAUUGUCAUAGGCAAUGACAACUCACAUCUGACAAUGUUUUUCACAAAAUCAAUCUUGACAAAGGAAGCGAAUUAAUCAUUUUUAUUAACAUAUAUGAUUUUUUUCUGCUGCAAAUAUUUUACUUUAAACAGAUUAUUUAAGAGAACAUAACUUUCUGGUAUUUUCACACUCGCAAUUAUAAUAAAUCUAAUUUUUUUAAUGAUCUUUUGUUUUAGUUGAGUAAAUUUAACAGCGAGAAAAGUCAGACGUUAGUCUACGUAUAGAUUAACAGUAAGAAAGCUGAUAUCGAAAGAAUAUUCAAAUAAACAGAUUACCAUUUUGCCAAUAAGAUUUCUGUUCAGUGCAGAUUUCUAAACGAGAAGAUGAUUCUUUGUAAAUUUUAGUUUGUGAGAGUAUUGAAAUUUGGAUUCAAUCUCAACUAUAUGAAGAGUAACAAAGUGAAUGUUUACAAUGUAAUCUAUUCAGAUCAAGAAAAACAUUGCAUCAUGUAAUCUUCUUUUCUUGUUUAUUUCAGGGUGUGCGUCCAGUUAGUGCUGAUCCAAUGCAACCAUCGAUAUUGUAUGUAUAUGAUUAAUUCCAGUAGAUGAUGAGAAGAAUCUUUUCUACUAGAUUUGGAUAUUUUGACAUGAGAAAAUUAACACGAAUCCUUUUUUCUAUUCUUGUUCUUAUUUUAAUCGUGGCUAUUUUAACAACUGUUUUUCUUACGAAAAAAGCAAAUGAUGAAAAUACAUCAAUAAUUGAAGGAUCAAUCAUUUCAGAGAUGAUCGAAACCACAAGCAAAGGUAUAGUCUUAUCAUUAUAAGAAAUGAUUUGUAUAUAAACUAUUUCAAAAUCAAUGUUUCAUUGAGUCUUGAUCAAAUUAAUCGAAUUCGGCAAAACUCUCUGAGCUUCUGAUUGAUAUGACUACGAUAUAAUGGUUAGAAAACAGAUGGCAUGAGCUUGAUAGAUUCUUAGUAGAGGUGUAAGCCGAUGAGUCGAUCGGCGGCGGCGGGAAAUUUAUAAAAAGAAAUUUUUUUAUAAAAUUGAAAAAUAUCUUUGUUUCAGUAUAUCAAUCAUUAUAGUCUGUUCAAAAAAUCUUGAAGGUGUGGGUAUGAAGUUGGUAUUAUAUUCAAACACACAGUCACAUUCACUGACCUACCCACAGCCACACCCUAAGUAGAAGAUCAUAUUUAUGAAUUUCGUGUUCUAGCUGAAAAUGAAGCUGGAAAAGGAACACCAUCUGAUGCAACUACACCAACUGAGUAUAUAGAAAUAAAUUCUUUUAAUAUUUCUAAAUAAGAUUUUUUAUUUUAUUAGGUCAAAGAUCCGAAUACAUCUACUACUGCAGCAGAAUUUCUUAAGAAAUUAAAAGAUGCUGAAUGUAAUGAAGGUAAAACAAUUACAUUAGAAUGUAAAGUUAUCGGAACACAUAAACCUGAUUUUGAAUGGCUCACAGGUACGAAAGAAAUCGCUCAAGAUGCUAAAUAUACUAUAACACGUGAUGGUGAUAAAUGUAUUUUGGUAAUUGAUAAAGCUACACCAGAUGAUCUUGAUGAAUAUAGCAUUAAAGUACGUAAUAAAGGUGGUUCAAGAAUGUGUCGUUGUAAUCUUAAUGUCCGAUCACCACCAAGAUUUCGUUUACCACCAAAAUAUGAAGAUGUUCUUAAUUAUGAUAAAGGUGAAGCAAUUGUUAUAAAAACUCCUUAUAUUGGUAUAGUCUAUUACCUAAUGUAA